AGGGCGUGACCUUUCCCUGAGGAAGAACAAUGCUUCCCGAGGGUAGAACAUGGCCUGCCCCUACCAUGGGUACGGGCAGAAUAUUCCAUGUUCGGGAGUCCUAUCCGCGGGCUGAACAAGGCAGACCACAGACCUUGUUGGGAUCUGACCACCAGGUACCUUGGCUACCAACGGUCCUGGGAGCAGCUGACGUGCGGGGACGGACUACGAGCCGGCCUGCGUUCGUGCUGGAAUCGCGUCUUCAGCCAACUCGCUCGUCGGUUGGUUGAGGGACCCCGGCCAGCUCCAUUGUCGCUGUUAUAUGGAGACUGCGCAGUUGCACCAGACGAGAGUUGCUCAGGCCAUCACCACGACCCGUGUGUCGCCGGUGCCUGCACUAGAAGCUUGUACUGGUACUUUGUGCCGUUGUGCUUGGGCUGUGUGCUGGUGCUGGUGCUUGUCUCGAUGCAUGUGUGACUGGUGUGUGGGUGAGAUUUCCUUUGUCGCCUUCUCCUCGCUACACCCGUCUCUCCUAGGACGAGCUGCUGAGCUCGUUAAGGAUGAGAAGAUGUAUGUGGUCUUUGGUGCUGGGUCAUCGGGCUCCGUUCCGGCGGACAGAUGGCGGCUGCAGCAAUAGACGAAAACACAUCCUUUGGGAUGUUGCCUGGAUGGGAGACAGGCCUCCAACGGGAGC